AUGGCGAGGAGGAAGGUGAAGUUGGCGUUCAUCGACCACGACGGCGCCCGGCGGUCGGCGUUGAAGAAGCGCCGCCGGGGUCUGAUCAAGAAGGUGGAGCAGCUGAGCGUGCUGUGCGACGUCGAGUGCUGCUUGGUCAUCUACACCCCGGGCGAGGAGGUCGCCACCUGGCCGUCGACCCUCGAGGAAGCUCGCCGCGUGGCCCUGCGCUUCAAGGGCGUCCCUGACUACGAGCGCGAGAAGAAGAUGGUGGACCACGUCGCCUUCCUCCAGCAGCGCCUGGCCCUGUUCAAGGAAACCCUCCGCCGGAAGCACCGCGAGAACAGGGAGAUGGAGCUGCGGACCAUGAUGUUCAACGCCAUGUGGAGUCCCGCCACCAUCGAUCAAAUCAUACCCGAGGACGCCAUCGCCCUCGUCGUGCUGGUGGAUAGCAAGCUGCAGGAAUUGAACGACAAGAGGGAGGAGAUGAUGAGGUCGUUGGGUACUGAGGUUCAACCGCAGUCGGGGAUGGAUCCCGCCGAUCCUCUGGGGAUGGUGCUCGGCCGCCCGGAGAGCGCUGAGAGGAGGAACAACAUUGAUAACAUGGUCGUCGUCCCUGCAGCACCACUGCCGCUGCCACUGCCGCCUCCGCCUCAUUCAGCAGCAGCAGUUGAUCAUCCAAAUCCUCUGGAGUUGAUGCUGCAGCAAACGAUGGGGAUGGAGACGAGGAGCAACGCUGUCGGCGGCGUGGGAGCACCGUCGCCGUCGGAUGAGAUGUUGCUCUAUCUGAAUAAUCCUUCGACGAUCAGCCCGUGGAACGAGAACAUGUUCUCUUUUUAA